GAACAAAGGAGGACCUUUCAUGACCGACCAACAGUCAUUUGUGUCCGUCCGGUGUUGUUGCAGUCAGUGUGUCCACGGCUACAGCCUGCACGACAAGGGAAGGAGUCGCAGCAAAACGCUGACCUGACUGACAUACCCGACUCGACUCACUCACUCUUCGUGCGUCUGCCUGCGACCAUGUCAUGUGAUGGGCUCUGUGUCGUGUCGUCUCCCACACAUAAAUCGACAACGACUCGGCUCGUUCAUCGAUUUAUGUGCCGGAGAGGAGACGUACAGAAGUAAUCACACGAUGUGUCCUGGCUGAGACGAUGCAAUGCAAUGCCCCUUGCUACCGCAAACAAAAGAGCUCCACUGUUCGUGCGGGAUCUGCCUCUGUCGCUGACUGCCCUGGCCGGUGCCGCAUCUCAACCUGGCAGAGUGGGAUGUGACGACGUUCAGAGCAGCCACUCGAAGGCCUAUCUAUACCGACAUCGAACGAAAGAAGCCCACACCGGUCGGUCGACAGAGAGAUAAACGGAUGGACCAACACAACACAUGCUUACCGAAAAUGCGAAACUGUACACUCACUCACUGACUGCACAACCCUUGGCACAUGACAUGCAACGCAACUCCACCUGGGCUCGGCCAGCUCAGUUACGUCACUCAGUCAGUCAGUCAGGCGUUGCUCUUGAUUCCUGCAGAGGCAGGCAGCUGAUGACCCUCGCCGCCACAUCUUCCGGCGGCGGAAGCGCACCCGUACCUACACACACCACACCACCACCCAUACCACAAUACACACACACAUUAGCAGGGAGGUGCACACACAAUCCGCGGCCAUUCCUUCCUUGUGUGUGUGAGAUUGUGAUUGUGAGUCGUUGGUUGUCAGGUCAGUGAGCGUCACGUCACAUCACAGACUUACCGACAUCGCCGCACGCGAGUGCCUUUGAGACGGGUGGUAUGACCUGAACACCGAGGUCCCGCAGGUGGGUGAUGUGCCGCUCGGUGAAGGGAUGCUCCCACAUCAACGUGUUCAUUGCUGGAAACACCUGAGGGAUGUGCACACACCACACAGACAAGACAAACAGACGCAUCCAUCGCAUCAACGAUGUAGGCGAUGCCGGGAUAGAGCAUGGUGGAGGGAUCAUCGUGAUUGAUUGACUGACCAAGAAGGGCCGCUUGGGGUCCCACGCUCGCGCGACACACGUCUAAAGGCACACACAGACAGUCCCAGAGAAGCCAAUGAAUCCGGCACCCUCGUGUGUGUGUGUGUUGCAGGGCGUCCAAUGCAGUGCUCACGAUGAGGUUGUCGCAAAGUCCAUUGGCGAGUUUGGCGAGCGUGUUGGCGCUGAGGGGAGCUAUCACAAACACAUCUGCCCAACGACGGAGCUGCACCCAUACAGACAGACAGCCAGAGAGCACACAGCCACACAGAGAUAAAAACUGUGUCUGUCCAUGUGUGCAGGUGUGUGUGUGUGUGUGUGUGUGUGAGUCCCGGCAGCCGACCUCGAUGUGCAGGACGGGGUCUCCCUUGGCCGACCAGCUGCUCCACUCGUCCGCGUCUGUCAUGAACGACGAGUCACGCCACUCGUCCUUCACAAAAUGAAGCGCACACCUCGACGCAACCGUCCUCACCUACACACACGACACCAAAACAGGCAGGCCCAAACACAACCAUCAGCUUGAUCAGAAUGCAUGCCGCUGCAGUGUUUCGCCACCAGCGUGUCGGUUACCUCAAUUCCCCUGGGCAGCUUGCCUUUGGCCUGGAGGUGCAGCUGAUCUAUGACCUCCUUGAGCUUGAUGGUGGCCACGCUGCCCGUCACAGCAAGCAGCACAUGAUGCGGACGGCCCUCUGCUGCUCCUGCUUCGCUCAUGAGUCAUGACAUCGAUGAAAAACCACGGCAG